UAUGGUGGCCGUGGCAUCAGAGACAGCUGCUUUCCUGGGGAGGAUGAUCGACAGAGGGUUCUUACUUUGGAGCAAAAGUGCAAUAGGCUGGAAAAAGAGCUACAGAAAAGAAAUGAAAUAAUCAGAUCACUGACUAAGAAAAUAAAAGUGCUGGAAUCUCAACAACAAGACCGAAGGACAUCACUUGAGAGUACUCAACAACAGCUUCAGGAACUAUCCCUCAAAGCAUCAGAAGCAGUCAAUCACUGUCAUGACCUGGAAGAGAAAAACCUGACACUGAAUGACUCUGUUUUAGAGCUUUCUGCUCACGUUGGACGGUUACAGGCCAGAGAACAGGAGUUGACCACUUUGCUUAAACUAAAAGACAAUGAUAUAAUUGAAGCAACCAAUCACAUUACAGAAUUCACUUCAAGAUUUAAACAACUGGAAGUUGUACUGAGAGAGAGAAGACUUGGAGAAGCCUCCGCUCUCAAAGAAGUGCAAGAUCUUAAGCUGAGGCUGGAAGGACUGACAAGUGAAAGUGAUAAACUCAAAGAUGAUCUCCAACAAAAGACUGUGGAAAAUAAUGAACAAAGGGAGGAAAUCAUUCGUCUUAAGCAAGAAAGUACUUAUUUGCAGGCUGAGUUGGUUUUUGCAGCGGAAAGGGAAAGAAGGAAAGAUCAGUUACUUCAGCUUGCAAAGUCGAAACAAGAUCGCACAGAUAUAGAGCUACAGAACCUGCGCCAGAUUUAUGUGAAACAGCAGCAUGACCUGCAGUUUCUGCAUCUGACGCUGGAAAGCUCACAAGAUUUUCAGAAUCACAAAAUUGAUGAAGAGAAGGAUGAUGAAUUGAGCGAUGGACCAUUAGACAUAGAAGCUCUUACUCCGAUCUCUCCUGGGCAAAAAGUGCUUAUAGGGAGCAACCAGAGCCUUCAUUUCAACCUCCCCAUUCGAGUGAACACAGUGCCACCAAUGCAUUCAACAAUUAAGGAUUCAAAAUUACUGGGAAGAAGAGAUUCCAGUUCUCCGACAGUAAAAUUGCAGCGAUUGUUAGCUGAAUCCCGUCAGAUGGUAGCAGAUCUGGAGCUCAAUACCCUUCUUCCAAGCUCACACAGCCUUUCCAACACAAAUGCUGACUGCAGUCAGACAACAGAAAUACCACAGAAAACAGAUUCCAGCUAUUAACAACAGAGAGACCAAAAGACGAUUUAUGAUCAAAUCACCAAAGGAAUCUGCUGAAUAUUAAUUUCCUUUAAAACGAAAAUGGUUGUAUUAAGAAGUAUUACUUAUAAUAAGAUGACCUAACAUUGCAAAACAUAUGCAACAAUAAUAGUAUUAAUUCAUUACUUUUUAUGUCAUAAUUACUAUUUAUACUUUUAUUAUAUUGUUUACAGUUUAAAAUGAACAUAAACAGAGCUCAGUAAGACCGCAAUAAAAGCCUUACAUCUGUA